ACUACGAAGUGGGGACCGGUUAUGCAUAUGUAUAGGCGUAUUGGGAAACUUCAUGUCUAUGUAACACUUUGCUACCUAUAAACAGGGCAAGCUGCCGCGUGGAGUGCUGCGCCUGGGAAGCUCGGCCGAGGCGCUGGAGGCGGCGAAACGGGCCAUCCACCUAUCGGACAUGGUGCUGCGGUUCUGCGUCACCCUCAGCCACCUGAACAGGGCCAUGUACUUCGCCUGCGACAACGUCCUCUGGGCGGGGAAGGCGGGGCUCGUCCCCAGCGUGGACCAGGAGAAGUGGAGCCAGCGGUCCUUCAGGUAUUAUCUCUUUGCCCUUGUCGUGAACCUGAGCCGGGACGCCUACGAGAUCCAGAUCCUGAUGGAGCGUGAGGCGGGCGGGAAGCGAGGGAAAGGCAGCGAGAACGGGCACCGGCUUCGGGCUGACAACGGGCUCCAGCAGCUGGGGCUGAGGUUGCAGAUCCAGCUCCGGCUUCUGAUCCACGUCCUUCGAAACAACCCUCCUCUGCUGCUGGACGUGGUGAAAAACGCCUGCGACCUUUUUAUCCCUCUGGACAAGCUGGGGCUGUACAAAACCAACCCGGGCUUCGUGGGGCUGUGCGGCCUCACCUCCUCCAUCCUCUCCAUCCUCACCAUCCUUCAUCCCUGGCUCAAACUGAAGCCUUAGUUGUUCUCAGAGCCUGCC